CCUCAACUCCAUUUUUAUUCAUAUUAUUGCAUUUGCAUUUGCAUUUUUCAUCUUUCAUUUUUUCAUUUUCCACACACAGCAUAUCAUAUCAUAUAUCAUUUCAUUCCACUUCAUACAUUACAUACCACUUCAUUAAACUCCUUUUCAAAUAUUUCUAAUUAUUUACACACAUUCACAAAAAAACACAUGUCCCUUUCCUCGCUUUUGAGCUCGGAUGGCUCCAACAAAGACACAUCCAACUCGGUUCGCACAUUCCUAGCCUCCCUUAUUAUCAAUGCUGGCGUUGCCCUUAUAAUAAUUAUGCUAUUCUGCAUUUUGCGGCCGCGCUUCAAGCGCGUCUACGCGCCACGCACAUACGCGAUUGAGCGCGGAAGGCGCUCCGACCCCAUCGGCAACGGCUUCUUUGCUUGGAUUCCCGCCGUACUGCGCGUACCCGACGAGGAAAUAAUCCGGCGCUCUGGACUCGACACAUACAUGUUCCUGCGCAGCAUCCGGUGCAUGUUUAUUAUUUUUGCAGUCACCAGUAUUUUGUCGGCCGCGUCUAUUUUGCCCAUAAAUAUUUUGGGCACUAACGGGCUGAAGGACCUCAGCUCGCUGUCGAUUGGAAACGUGGACCCUAUGAGUAGCCGGCUUUGGGCUCAUGUUGGAUUUCUCGCGCUGCUUGUUAGUUGGACCGUAUGGUGCAUUAUUGGGGAGCUGCGCAUCUACACCCACCUGCGCAUGUGGUGGCUGACACACCCCGAUUACGCUGCGAGGGCCGCUGCCUCGACUGUUCUGAUCACCGAUGUGCCCAAGAGCCUAGUCAACAAUGAAGCCCGGCUCGCCGAGACCUUUGACAUGCUGCCCGGGGGCGUCCGCCAGGUAUUUGUCAACCGUACAUCAAAGGAGCUUGCCGACGUGGUCAACAAGCGCGACAAGUUGGCAAAAAGGCUUGAAAUCCUCUUGACGCGCUACGCCGUUGAGUGCAGCAAGAAGUUUGCCGUGUCAACCCUGUCCGGCGACAUGUACGUGCAGCCCAAGCGCCCGGUUAUUCAAAGGGGGUGGAUGCCCCUGUUUGGAAAAAAGGUCGAGACCUUUGAGUACUUGGCGGCUGAAAUCGCCAUGUGCAACCAUUUCAUUGCUCAGAGUAUCAAGGACGUCAACGGGUUUAAGCGCGAGUCGUCGGCAAUGGUCAUGUUCAAUAAGCAGAUUGCCGCCCAUAUGGCUACGCAGGCCGUCAUUGACUAUAGGCCGUUUUCGAUGAGCAGCGUGGCGGUUGACGUUAACCCAGAGGACGUCAUUUGGUCCAACCUAAAGAUUAGCCCGUGGAGUCGCCGCAUUCGUGGGUACGUGUCAUUUGUCAUUACCGUCGGGAUCACUGUUCUGUGGACAUUGCUGGCCGCAUUUGUGACCGGUCUGGUGCAGGCCAAGAACCUUGUCAAGCUGAAGCAAUUCGAGUGGCUGAAGGGCAACGACAUUGCUCUGGGGAUUUUUAGCGGUGUUGUGCCGCCCGCGAUCAUUCUGGUGCUCAUGUCACUGUUGCCUGUUAUACUGCGCCUGCUGCUGCGCCUCGAGGGCACCCCACAGACCAGCCUUAUCAACAUGCGCCUCAUCAACCGCCUGUUCUUUUUCCAAGUGUGGAACGUCUACCUGGUCAACAUCUCGUCGUCUUCCAUCUUGCUCAUUCUCACAAACUCGAUUAAUAACCCAGGAACUAUCAUUAAGCACAUCCAGGAGGACGUGCCAAAGUCGGCAACCGGCAUUCUCGCAUACGUGCUUUUGCUUUCAUUCACCAAUGCGGCUCGCGAAAUAUUACAGGGCGUGCCGCUGGCCAUGCGCUACUUGAUUCCCAAGCUCUUUGCCAAGACACCGCGGGCGUUGUCUCAGGCCGAGGAGCCGUCCGAGUUUGACUGGGCCACGGCUAUCCCCACACACUCGCUUAUAUUCCUCAUGGGCUUCUCCUAUUCGUUUAUCGCGCCAAUUGUCAGCUGGUUUGUUGCCGUGUACUUUGGCCUGUUCUAUCUCAUCUACCGCUACCAGUUUCUCUACGUCUACAAUGACUGCAAGUGGACUUCCGGCGGUCUGUCGUACCCCAAGACCAUCAAGCAGAUGCUUGUUGCAAUCUACAUCUCUGAAAUCUAUAUGAUCUGCAUGAUGGUUGCCCGACUGGGCAGCAGUGCGGAUUCCAUUAUGCGCGUGGUCGUAUCCGUCGGCAUUCUACUUUUCACCAUUGUGGCUCACCUGUAUAUCAACGACGUGUAUAUUCCGGCGAUCAACCACCUGCCUAUUAAAAAGGCCGCCGACGUUGAGCGUAACCCGCUGCUGGCACGUGAGUUCCCCGACGUUCUCGGCGAUGACGAUAUUGAGCUGCCGAGCACAUCGAGCACGUCCACUUUGUCCUUAGAGCAGCGCAAGAAGCGCAACUGGGUGUACGCAAUGUACAGCUCGCUGGUUCCCGCGUCCCUGAUCAAACUGACCUUGCGCGCCUUCCCACGGCUUCUCGGCCCUGACUGUCUCACAGUAGCCGACGAGGAGUCCGCCAUCCAAGCCUGGGCUCCAUCAUUUUCGCGCAUGCAUACUGCGGAUAAGCGCCUGAGCAUGAUUGAGAAGCGCCCGAUGACUGAGUCGAGUGCUAAUGAUUUGGCGCGCAUGUUUUCUAGCCCUGAGUUGCGGGCAAAGUCUGUUUGCAAUUUGUGGGUUCCGCUGGCUAACUCGCGUCUGUUUUCAAGGCUUUUGUGGGAAGUCGAGUAUUACGGCCAGGGCACUAUUCUUGUUAUCACCGAGGGGACUAAAAUUACGCCUAAUUUCAAAGUCAAGGCUGAUGUAGAGUUUGCCCUGGAGAAUUUUGAGGUUGCUGACAAGUCGGAGCUUUUGCAAGCGCAGAAUCGGCGACCUGUAUAUGUAUAAGAAUGUGUUUCGAUAUACAAUAACAAACACGCAAUGCGACAAUGUAUAGUAUAAUGCAUUGGCUAAUUGCGUUUCUUUUUUCUUUUCUCGUUUAUCCUUGUUUUAUGUCAUUGUUUUAAUAUAUAUAUUGUUUACAAAAUAA